CGUCUCCCAGAGGUUCUGCGGCCAGCGGGCGAGCGCUGCGGCGAGCUGGGCGUCCCGGCGCGGCGCCCCGGGCCCGUGCGGCGGCAGGCUGGCCCCCCCUGGCGGGGGGCCGCUAGUCCAGAGAGUACGGUAGGGCGCGCCCCGCCCCCGCUGCCGGGAGCCGGGCCGGGGCUCGGCGGCCACGUCCCCGCGCCGGGCCGCGGGCGAUGUCGGCGGCGGGCGGGCUGAGCGGCGGGCGGGCGGCGCGCCCCGCGCCCUGACCUCCCGCACUAUGCGGCUCUCCUGCAAGGUGGCGGCGGCGCUGCUGUGCCUCGGCAGCCUGCUGCUGCUCUAUCUGCUGGCGGGCAGCGCCGCCGCGCCCCCGCGCCCGCCGCCCGCGCCCUCCGCGCCCGCCCGCCCCGCCGCGCCGCUCGCCCGCCGCCAGCCGCGGCCCAGCCGCAGCCCGCCGCGGAGGAGCCCUGCCCGGGGGAAACUCGCCAGCGCCAGGAAGCCUGGAGACCAGAAACAUUCAAAAGAGCCUUCAUCUUUGCAAUGCAUGCAUCUGGCAGUGGUGGCAUGUGGGGACCGGCUGGAAGAGACGCUAAUCAUGCUGAAAUCAGCAGUUCUCUUUAGCAACAGGAGGCUCUGUUUUCACAUUUUUUCUGAGGACUCCCUUAAGCCUGAAUUUGAGAAGAAGUUAAAGGAAUGGCCUUCCUCAUAUACAAAGAAGUUUCAACACAACAUUUACCCAAUAACCUUCUCUGUAGGAAAUGCUCAGGAAUGGAAAAAGUUAUUCAAACCAUGUGCUGCCCAGCGCCUUUUUCUUCCGGUCAUUUUAAAGGAUGUGGAUUCUCUCCUUUAUGUGGACACUGAUGUUCUCUUUCUGAGGCCCAUCGAUGACAUCUGGCACAUCCUGAAAGAGUUCAACUCAACACAGCUAGCUGCUAUGGCCCCAGAACACGAAAUACCAAAGAUUGGCUGGUAUAGUCGAUUUGCGCGUCACCCUUAUUAUGGGACAACAGGAGUCAAUUCUGGAGUGAUGCUAAUGAAUUUAACACGGAUACGCAACACUCAGUUCAAGAACAGCAUGAUACCAAGUGGUUUGACUUGGGAGGAAAUGUUAUAUCCAUUAUAUCAAAAGUACAAAAACUAUAUUACAUGGGGAGACCAGGAUUUACUAAAUAUAAUUUUUUACUUUAACCCAGAGUGUCUCUAUGUGUUCCCAUGUCAGUGGAACUACCGGCCUGAUCACUGUAUGUACGGAAGCAACUGUAAAGGUGCAGAAGAAGAAGGUGUCUCUAUUCUGCAUGGCAAUAGAGGUGUCUACCACGAUGACAAACAGCCUACAUUCAAGGCACUCUAUGAAGUGAUACGUGAUUUCCCAUUUGAAGACAAUCUCUUCCAGUCUUUGUACUACCCUCUGCAGUCUAAAUUUCUGGAUACAGUGCACACUUUAUGUGGGAGAAUUCCACAAGUAUUUUUGAAGCAAAUUGAGAAAACUAUGAAGAAGGUGUAUGAAAAUCGUGUCAUUGUCUACUUGGGGGCCAACCACAGAUACUAAAUGUAGCUAUAUUUUUACAGAGUUUUUAAUUCUUGCAUCCCAUCUUGUGAAGCAUAUAAAGGAAGAGUAUGAACUUCUUUACUGAAACUCAGAAUUAAAGUAUUUUCCUUAUCUGAUUUCCUAAUAACCCCUGAAAUUACCAAACCAGAGGAAAUUCUCAAAGUCUACCUGAACUGUCCUUUAUUAGGUCUUCUGUUCUCUUCCUGUGUUUGUUUACUCUUAGUUGCAGCAGGGAGAGGUGAUGAGUCUCACUUUAUUUGAUGAGUUUAGUUUAUUUGUUUAAGUACAGCUGUAUUCACUGUAACUAUUUUUGAAGUUCUGCAAAAGCUUGUACUGACCUUAGGCUUGACAGAGAAGUUACGGUUUGAGCUACGUAAUGUAGGGUAUGUAACUUGAGAUGGUAGGGCAUAAAUUCUUGACUACCAUGAGAAUACUGAAUUACAGAAAAGAUCACUCACGAUAGGAUGAGUUAAAAUCUACUACAGUAAAGGGAAAGGACUUCCUUAAACUUGCACUUCUGUCUGAAGGUUUAUUUCCUGCUAUUCUUCACAUGUAGGACCGAAGAUUUCUCUUACUUAAAAAGAUUAGGGGAUUAGAAGUGCCUCUUCACUUUGUAUUUUACAGCACUUUCUGCCUAGUGACUGUCAUUUUUCCCGUUUGCUCCUCAGUAGUUUUAUGAGGGCUUCUCAUGCAGGAAUUAGAAGGAAAACAAUUACAGCAUAAAUAGCAAAACUAUGUACGAGUAAUGGGAGGGGGAUGCAGUGGAAGCUGUGGCACCUGCACAGCUAAUGGAGCAAGAGGCUCCUUUCUUCCGUGGAAUACAGUUGUGGUCUUCCCCUCCAGUCUCUUACAGUUUUAAGAAAGUAUUCCCUAUCUUGGUAAUGCUAAUUACAUCAGACACAGUCCAAGAAGGUUGUGAAUGAAGAGUACGAAAACAGGUACUGUUGAUCUGUUUUCCUCUUUAAUUAAGUCUCUUUAAUUGCUAUUUACACCACAGUAACAGUGAUAUGCCACUGACAACCAUUCUUCCAUCCCUGCGUUGGGAGACUGCAAAUGCUGCCUCUGACUCCUCUUUUCUGCUUCACCAGAAGCUGGCGGCACAGAAAUCUAUUUCUGCCUGGCUCUUUUGUUCCUGGAAGCUGAGUUUUAUGCUAGGAUCAUAAUGAAUAACCUCAAAGUGAAAGAGGAUACAAGAUGGCUUUGAUGUUUAUUUAAAAUACUUCAUUUAGUUUAGAUUUCGCAAGUAUGAUGAUCAUCUUAUGAUAUGCACAGACAAGAGCUUAUUAAAACUUGCAGAAGCUGAAAGGUCUUGGGACAAGUCACUGGGGAACUGAAGGUGAGGACCCUCUUAAAGAGCAGUGAUACCUGAGCGGACUCCCAGAGGGCAUUUUCUAAGUGUGAGCCUGAGGGGUGUGUGUAGGUAAGCACUUGAAGAAAACAGCAGAGAGAAUGAUCUUGCAUUUCAAGUCUGUUCAGCAAAAAAAAUCAGCCAUUACUUGGAACUAAUCACUUUUACAUUUAAUAGGCAAAGUAGGAGAGGGGUGGGAAGGGUGAGAUACAUGAUUAAUGGAAGGAAAACCGAUACAGAUCAUAUAUCCUGUACAUUUAUGAGAGAGAAAUAUUUGGGGUGUGUGGAUGAGGGAAAGCAUGUAUUUCCUAAGUUAAAAAGUAGGAUAUCUGAAGAAUUGCAGUUUUGGGGGUUUCUACCCUCUCCAGUCAGGACCGGUACGCAGCUUCAUAAGAAAACAGACUCCAAAAGGAAGUCCUUUUAGCUUGAACUUUCCUCUCUCCUUGUGUGGCAGCUCAUGAGAGGAGGGAAAACGCAGGUCUUGCUGGCGUCUCAGGCUGCCAGAUAAACAGCCUGUACACAGGAUGAGGUGCUGACAAACUUUUCCCAAACACUGAAGUGUGAAAAUGUCUGUGACACAUCCGUAAGCGUGCUGGGUGAACGACACAGCAUGGCAAACAGCAUUGCUACAGAGUCAUCUGAGCAGAGGAGGUGUGAAGAGAUAGAGGCUUGGAACACAGGCCAUGUCAUCCUGGUCCUAGCAACUUCACUGCUGGUCUGUGCUAGUCCUCACAGGCAGGACAGACAGAAAUGUCUGUUGUUUGCGCCUCUGCGUGCUGCAAAUUCUAAUUCGUUCGUGUUUGUGACUCAGCUCGGUUAUCUGACAGUGUUUGCCACAUAAGCAUAAAUUGACAUGCAAAGGACAGAGGCAGCUCUGUGUUUAUUUUGAUUGAAAGCCCAAGACCCAGAAAGGCAUUUAAACUUCAGUGUAGAUCUUGCUGCCUCUCCAACUUGCCUAAGUAUUUUCUAUUUCAGCUGAAGUUUUAGUUGCCACUUAAAAAGAACAGUAUGCUUCUAGCUACAGAGAAAAGUUUGAAAAUGUAACCCAAAUGAACAUUGAAGACUUCAGAAGGCAAUGAAGGAAAAUUAAGCAUGUUCUUUUAAAAAGAUUAAGAUAAUGUAAGCCUAACAUGUGAUAGGUAGACCUUUUAGACUAGCAAUGCUGAGAACUUAGAAAAAAUAUUAGCUUGCUUUUGGUCUGUAUUUUCAAAUAUCAGGGUGAAGCUUGAUUGUAGGUCAAAUGAGGCUCAAUGAGAUGCAUGCUGGGCACUCAAAUUCCUCAUUUCUGUGGUAUCUACAAGCCACACAGAGUUGCAGAGCAAAAGUCUUGUUGCCCAGACAGUUGCAACUCUGCAACUCUGCUGAGUCUCUGAAGUUUAGGAGGCUGCGAUUGUGUAAGCUAUGAUUCAGCAGAACCCUGCAACUAUGGGCACAUUAAAAUGAAGGAAUGGAAUUCAUUAGAAAACAAAGGCAUUACUGCAUAUAAAAUGAUUAGAGAUUAAAACAGUGCUUUUUAUGUUUACAGGAGGUGCUAAAUUAUGCUUAGAAAGAACUGUGUUAUGUUCUCAACAGCUGUUAAAAUAUAUGAAGUAUAUGCUUUAACAUGAACAUUUUUGUUAACGUAAUAUCAACUUGCAGGAAGAAUGGGGGAGGUUCCCCCCUGCUGUGCUUUUUUUUCUGAGGAAAAAAGCUAUAAUGUAAGUACUCCAAAGUGUUUUAAAACAAUUAUGUAACUUCUUUUUUUUGUUGUUGCUGUUAGAAUUAUUAAUUUAUAUUCCAGCUUCUAAAACCAUGUUAUAUUUUGGUUUUAACAGUAGUUGAUUCUAAUAUUAGUCUUAUUUAGGAAUCAGUUUUAAUUCAUUUUGUAUUUUAUACUUGUGGCUAAUUCCUUGCUAAUUAGCCUUCAUUUAUUUUAAUAAUGGGAUGUGUAAAUAUUUAUAUAGACUUUAUACCCUCAUUUCCCCUUCCUGUCAUGUAUUUUAGUUACUUCCAAUGGUAUUAUGUAACCAAAACACCUUUGCUAAUGUAACACCUUGAGCAGCAGCAGCACAACACAGGGGGGAAACGAAAAUAGUUUUCUUUAAAUGAACAGAAGCUCCAGCAUGCGGAAUGUAUGGAUAACAAAGGGAAAGAAUCACCUUUCACACUGAGAAAGGAACAGCAGGGUAUGGCCCAGACAACUGCGUGGGGGUUGUCUGAACACAAGCCCUAACCCAGCAAACGUUUGAUACUCUGAAUUUUGCCUGUGUAGUCAGUAAGCUUCUAUGCAAUGCAUAAAGUUCAGCAUGUAACCAAGUCCUUGCUGUAUCAGCGUCAAAUAUUCGGGUUUUAAAUUUGCUACAUUAUACUUGAACUUGCUGAAGAUAGAUAAAUAGGGGCUUUAUAUUAAGAGCUGCUGAGCACCUCCAUUUAGCCCAAAGCCAUUUAAUAAAGUGUCAGGCUACCAGUGCGCGUUGUACAACAAAGAACUGCCCGAGUGGGAAGCAUUUUGUUGCAUCAUUUAUAUAAUGUGAGAGUUUUUCUAGGCUAUUUGCCUGCCUAUUACAAAGCAGGCUUAGAUAGCCCUGCUAUCAUUUCGCUUACAGGUGGAAACUGGAAACUGCUCUGUGCGUCUGUGUGUGUGUGUGUACACAACAUGAGCGCGUGUGUGUAAAGAAUUCUGUACCUUUUCUCAGUCAUUUAAUUGCUUGUGUAUUUUUACUUGACAAGUGCACCAAUUGUUUAUAGCUCCCAAGGAGGCCUAGCAGUGCAUUUCUGUGUUAAGAUCCUUUGGCUUACAGUACAAAUAAAUGAAGUUUUAAGCA